UUAAAUAAAAUCAAAAGAUAUAAAUGUUGAUAAAAUAUUAGGAUUUUCAACCAGAAGAACAUAUUUCAGAUAUUUUUACUAAGAAUAACCCAAUCCAGAAUAUAUGACUUAAAUGGGAUUAGGAAGAGGAUUAUUUAUAGUUCCAGAUGCUUAAUGGACUGCGGAAGAUUUCUUUAAUAAAUUAGAUUAAAAUUUUGGAUAAGCCUAAGCUGAAGCUAUUGAAUAAGCUAACAAUAUUGCAGUAAGAGAAGCGGAAUAAAAUUAAGAACUUUUAAAAGAUAAUUUAGAAAAAAUGUUUAGGAAAAAAUAUCCCAAUAAAGAUUUUAAUUAUGAAAAAGAACUUGAAAAAUAUCUUAAUUGUGAUACGUAGAAAUUUAAAAAAGAAUAUUAAAUGGAUUGA